UGGGCAGCCAGGAGCCCCAGGCUCUGCUGUCUCCACAGAGUGGAGGCACCAUGCUCUCACCGGCCCGGACACCAGACGUCUCCAGAAGCCCUGCGGGGCUGGCUGCGGCAACCCCCUGAAACUCGGAGGAAGAGCCCAGGCUGGGCAGCAACACCUGUCUCAACAGCCAUGUGAGUGUCUACUCCCCUUCCACCUCCCCCCACCCAGCCCCCAGCAACACCUGGGGACCAAGGCUCCAGGUCCUGAAGCCGCCACUGCACCCAGCCCAGGCCACCAGAGCCUCCAGGGUGUGCCUGUGCGGUCACACAGCCAGCGCGGCCCUAGGAGAUCGCCCCUGGGGGCUGCCCCCGCCUCUCUUGCUGCUGUGGUGGAGGUAGGGUGGGGGCUCACUCCAGGAGGGCCGGGAGCUCCAGCAGGAACCAGAGGCCGGGUUUGAAGUAACGGACCCCGAGGUCUCAUGGGGUUUAAUCAAGUUGACGGUGCAGGGACGACGGGGAACAGAAACUGGAAGGCUGCUGCAGGGGGAGAGAUGUCCUGAGUGGAGGACCCUGGGGGAGACUGAGGAAGAGGAAACAGGGGCUGAGGGGAGGGGAAAGGGGUGCAGCGGUGGGGCCUGGCUUGGGGGCCUGGGGGGAACGGAAUAGAAGGGGCAGCACCUCCUGAGCUCAGGGCGGCCGCGGGGCCCUGGUCCUCUGAUGGGGGGAGGAGGCAGGCGGGAAUCCUUUCCUUAUUGACUUUAAUCCUAGCAACCGCAGCUGCUCCCCUGUUGACAGAAGCAGUUCCCACUGGGCCCAGGACCCCUCCCUUGUCCCCAUGAUGUGGCCGUGGGUCCAGAGUGCUGGAGGACUGAGAACGUGGAGCCCAGGGAAGGGAAGGACAGGGACUGAUCAAAGCCACAGACAGACCAGACCCUGCCCAGCGGCUCCUCUUCCCUCUCCUCUGGGCUCAGCCUCAGCCCCUGGGGUGUGCGGGUGGGGGGUCCUGCUUGCCGCUGGCAUCUCCACAUUCACUGCCCGCCCUCCCCCUUCCCCCCCAACUCCUCUCCCUCCUCGGGUUCCCAGGAAGGGCCUGUUGCUAGUGUGGUGCGGAUGAGUCAAGUUUAUGGGCUGGAAGUCCUACCUGGAGGCUGCUCACUGAGCUGUAACCAGCUACCAGGGUGGAUAGGGGGAGGGGGUGCAAGAGACAGGGUGCCCCACUUGCUGCCAUCCAUCACCCUGGCCUCAUCACUGACGCCAGUGCUCAGCGAGCCCUGCCCCCGCCUCACUCCUGCCCCCACCCCCCAAUCUUUACCAACCCACCAUCUCUCAAUGCUCUGGUGCCAACCAGGUUGUGAGCAUCUGAAGACAGGGUCCCCUCUCCUUGGUCUUAGCACCCACUCCGAGCACCCGGCCCCACCCCGGCCUGAAGGAGGCUCUCCACCGUUGGCUGGCCAGAAGACCACUGCACACCGGCCAGACCCUAUCCUCCUCCCUUUUGGCUAAUUUAGAGGCCUCGCCAGGUGGAGGCAGGGAUGGAGAAAAUGCUUUGGGGCUGGGCGAGUCCACCUUUUAGUGUAAACGGAGGCAUGAACACAGCUGCCCAGAGAGGGCCUGGCAGAUAACAGAAAUGGGCCAGGUGGGGACUGUGGGGACCUGUCUGAAGGCAGCCACUGCUCAGCCCCAGCUGGUUGCUACUAUACAGGACAUGUAUUGCCAGACCUGAUUUUAUUUUAUUUUUGCUUUCUGCUGAGGAAGAGUCGCCCUGAGCUAACAUCUGUUGCCAAUCUUCCUCUUUUCACAUGCGAGCCACAGCAUGGCCACUGACAGACAAGUGGUGUAGGUCCACGCCAGGGAACCGAACCCCGGCUGCCAAAGUGGAGCACACCAAACUUAACCACUAGGCCACCAGGGUGGGCCCCAGACCUAGCUUUUUGAGAAGCCAAAAAUAUGAAUUAAUAUGUAAAUUUUAAUUGGCAAUUAAUUGAAAAAAAUGUGUAUCAGCAAACAGGCUACGGCCCACAGUCCACAGGUCUGCAACCUCUGGACUAAUGUGCAGCCCCGUCCUGACUCUGGCCGUCCUGCCCUGCCUCCAGGCAUCCCGGCUGCUGCUGCUGCGGGCCUCGCUUGCCCCCUGGCCCGAGAUGACACCCAACAGCACCACGGAGGCGCUGAGCUCCAUUCCCGUGACGGCCCUGGGGUUCUUGCUGGCCCUGGCAAGUCUCAUCGUUGCUGCCAACCUGCUCCUGGCCCUGGGCAUCGCCACGGACCGCCGCCUGCGCAGCCCGCCCGCCGGCUGCUUCUUCUUGAGCCUGCUGCUGGCCGGGCUGCUCACAGGGCUGGCGCUGCCCAUGCUGCCAGGCCUGUGGAGCCAGAGCCGCCGGGGCUACUGGUCCUGCCUCUUCCUCUUCCUGGCUCCCAACUUCUCCUUCCUCUCCCUGCUGGCCAACCUCCUGCUGGUGCACGGGGAGCGCUACAUGGCUGUGCUGCGGCCUCUCCGGCCCCGCGGGAGCACGCGGCUGGCCCUGCUCCUCACCUGGGCUGGCCCUCUGCUCUUUGCCAGCCUGCCCGCUCUGGGGUGGAACCACUGGGCCCCCGGGGCUAACUGCAGCUCCCAGGCUGUCUUCUCAGCCCCCUACCUCUACCUUGAAGUCUACGGGCUCCUGCUGCCUGCCGUGGGGGCCACUGCCCUUCUCUCGGCCCGCGUGCUGGUCACUGCCCACCACCAGCUGCGGGACAUCCGCCGGCUGGAGCGGGCGGUGUGCCGCGGCGCACCCUCGGCCCUGGCGCGCGCCCUUACCUGGAGGCAGGCCAGGGCACAGGCCGGGGCCACGCUGCUCUUCGGGCUGUGCUGGGGCCCCUACGUGGCCACCCAGCUCCUCUCGGUCCUGGCCUUUGAGCAACGCCCACUGCUGGGUCCUGGAACCCUGCUGUCCCUCAUCUCGCUGGGCAGCGCCAGCGCGGCGGCCGUUCCGGUGGCCAUGGGGCUGGGUGAUCGGCGCUACACAGCCCCCUGGAGGGCGGCUGCCCGGAGGUGGCUACGGGCCCUGCAGGGAAGAGCCUCUCAGGACAGCGCUGGCCCCGGCACCGCCUACCACACCAGCAGCCAAAGCAGCGUGGACCCCGACCUGAACUAGCGGACGGGCCUCUGCUCACUCCUUCUAGAAGCCUCCAUCCGUCUCGGCCACCAAGCCCGGCUCCACUGGUCCCCAGCCCCCUACCCCUACUUUACCCCACCCUGACCAAAUAAAGCGCCUCCGGCCCAGAGGAAUGGGCAUCUCGCUCCGUAUCUCACCAAGGGAGAGGCAGUGGAAGAGCUUUGCAAAGAACCUAAAACAGACCUGCACCAGGGAGACGCCAGCUCCAGAUCAGCGGGCGAUCGCAGGCGGGACCACCCUCGGCCCGAGAGAGGAUGAGCUGAGCUAGCUCAAAAUCCAGCAGAUUGGGGGGCGGGGGCCACCCUGCCAGGCCCCUCACUGCUUCCUCCCCUGUCCCAGCGCCACAAACUCCACACACACACUGUCUCU